AUGAUCUUCAAUAUGCAGGAACCGCUUAUGAGCACCAGCUCUGUAGUCUAUGAUAGUGACACGGCAAGCGAAGAACGACCUUCAUCACAAUGCACAAGAACCAAGAUUCACGCAAAAUUCCAAGUAGCCCGUCCGCCCCCAAAAUCAUCACUCCGCCUCGCCCCAAAGCUACUCCUGCAGAUCCAACAAAUUGCAGCAAAUCACCGUCCAGUCCCAGUUCUGGAAAUAUGGCAACCUCCUUUCUGCAAAUCAAAGCUCACGCGGGAAUUUGCUCAACGACCGAAGUUAAGAUCUGGUGAUAUCUACGCUACCAGCAAUGAACCAUAUAUGAUGCGUGCCAAUUCAAGUCGGGCACAAUCGACCAUUUCUGCCUCGCAGGACGAGGACAACUGUGUCCCGCAUAGAGAUAUUGUUGCGGCGCUGUGUCAAUCGGCUGGUGAGACGCCAUCAUCGUCUAUUCACUUUCGCGAGGCUCGGUCUACCUGGCAGGGUAGUGCGGGUGUUGCGGGAUUGGAGAAGACGCCAUGUUACCGAUUUACCAUUAAAAAUGAUGAGGAUGCGAAACAGGAAUCCGAAACUCCCGGACGGAUGAUCUUGCAAUGGGAGAAACGGACUUCAUCGGCCAAAAGCGAGCCUGAUUCAGAGCAGUUUGUCCUGUUCUUGAUUGAUCGGACAGCGCGGCGAAAGAGCCGUCUGGCAACUAUGACACGCAGCGGAUUGGAGAUUCUUGUGCGCAAGAGUUCUGUCAUGGAGCACUUGCAAAUAUGCAUGGAUUUAACAAAUCCUCUACAAACUACGAGCGGUGCCAGUGCGCAUGAAGCAUUGGAAGCGUGGUUAUAUACGGAGGUCCUCACGCUGGGCGUGUGGGUUGCCCAACAAGAGGGAUGGCAUGGACUAGCUUCAUAA